UUUUAGCACCGGUAACAGCAACUAGCAGCAAUGACGCGUGGCCAUAUGAAGAUGCAAGCUAAGGCAAAGAAUUUAAAAAAGCAAGAAGCAUUGAAGAAAUCGAUCGGGCAUGAUCAGAAGGGUGCGUGCCUCAAAUCACUUAUCUAUAAAUGCACUGUUUGUAUGGCGCAGAUGAUGGAUAAAAGGAGUUACAAAGAGCAUUUCGAAUCGAAACAUCCAAAGAAUCCGCUGCCAGCAGAGCUGGUGGAACAGCCGGCAGGAUCAUAAUUCAAUGGUGUAUCUCUCAUUAUAUGUGACAACUGAUAUCAUGAUUCCUUUCCCGGUUUCUACAGUGAUUAUUUUUUGAGUGCUGUACGGUGUUCCAUACUUAAAUGAUGAUUUAUUUCAAUUCCUACCUUAGUGAAUUUCUUAGAAGUUUCAAAUUUUCGAAACAAUGUUGCUUGAAUUUCGAAAGAUUUCUAGGCUUCCAUAGCUUUUUUCUCAGACUGAGAAAGAGAAGGGGUAAAGAAAAAUGUAAAUUUUCUUGUAAAUUUUUGAUUUCAUUACACUUCUUGUAAAAUUUUUUCAGCAUCAAUAUUCUAUGUGGCAGUGCCAUUCAAAUGAAUUCUUUACUUCCAUCUUGAAGUUCUACCAUUUCACUCUUCUCCUUUAUCAUUUGUGAUCGAAUUGAUUUCUUCCACAAAU